AUGAUGUAUACCAGGGAGAUAACUUUUGAGUGUAAAAAAUAUGGGAAAGCCUUAAAAGUAUGCUCAAACUUUGGUAAACAUGAGAUAACCCAUUUUGUGGAAAAGCAGUAUAAGUGUAAAGGAUGUUGCAAAGUCUUUAAAUCUCGCUCGAGACUGUCUAAGCACAGGGGACUUCAUACUGCAGAGAAAAUCUCCCAUUGUGAGAAUGAUGAGAAGUGUCUUAGCCUCAACUCAAAAUUUGCUAACUGUAAGACAAUUUCUAAUGUAAAGAAACCCUACAAAUGUGAAGAAUGUGGCAAAGCCUUUAACAAUUCCUCAGGCUUUUCUAAACAUAAAAGAAUUCAUUCUGGAGAGAAACCCUACAAAUGUCAAAAAUGUGGAAAAGCCUUUAACCAGUCCUCCAACCUUUCUGUACAUAAAAGAAUUCAUUCUGGGGAGAAACCCUACAAAUGUAAAGAAUGUGGCAAAGCCUUUAACAGUUACUCAAAUCUUUCUGUACAUAAAAGAAUUCAUUCUGGAGAGAAACCCUACAAAUGUGAAGAAUGUGGCAAAGCCUUUAAUGAUUCCUCAGGCUUUUCUAGACAUAAAAGAAUUCAUUCAGGAGAGAAACCCUACAAAUGUGAAGAAUGUGGAAAAGCCUUUAACCUUUCCUCACACCUUUCUGGACAUAAAAGAAUUCAUUCUGGAGAGAAACCCUACAAAUGUGAAGAAUGCGGCAAAUCCUUGAACAAUUCCUCAGACUUUUCUAAACAUAGAAGAAUUCAUUCUGGAGACAAACCCUACAAAUGUGAAGAAUGUGGCAAAGCCUUUAAGGAUUCCUCAGGCUUUUCUAAACAUAAAAGAAUUCAUUCUGGGGAGAAACCCUACAAAUGUGAAGAAUGUGGCAAAGCCUUUNNNUAUCACUCAACUUUCUCUGCGCACCAAAGAAUUCAUUCUGGGGAAAAACCCUACAAAUGUCUAGUAUGUGGAAAAUUCUUUAAUCAUUACUCAAGUCUUUCUAGACAUAAAAGAAUUCAUUCUGGGUAGAAACCCUAUGAAUGUCCACAGUGUGGCAAAUUCUUU